AUGACGGACAAAAUCUCAUCUGAAACCAAUUUACCGCAUGGCGAUUCGUCCAAACCUGCGCGAAAGAAGUAUCCAAGAACUACAGAGCGAAGCAAAGUUACUCAAGCAUGCGACCAAUGUAGAAAAGGAAAAGCUAGGUGCUCUGGAAACUAUCCAUGCACCAAUUGCGUUUAUGAUAAGAAGGAUUGCUCCUUUAACAACGACUACGUUCGUGGUCGAAGAUUGCAAAUUCAGCCAAAUCCAAAUUACAAACCUGAUCCUCAACACAAAGUCUUCGUUGGUGGAUCCAAAUUAGUCAACUAUGAUUCUCCAAUGGAAAGAGACGCGCAAAUGCCACCGGUAAUGGGUCCAUUCGGCGAGAAUCUUAAUUUCAAUCAAAUGAUGUCACAACCUCAGCAGUUGGUGGGUAGUAGUUCAACUGCUAAUCGGGUCCAAGGAGCCCAACAGAUCUUUGAUCCUAACGCGCCUGUUUCUGUUCUUGCAUAUGGUGAUCUACCAAUGCCUAUCAGUCAAGCUGGAUUGGUUACUCUGCCAAGUCCUGAUGAUGGUGCUAAGCUUGUUCAGAUUUAUUUUGACAAGUUCUCCCCUAGCAUAUUGUUUUUACAUAAGCCUAGUGUUGAACGCUGGACAGAUGAGUUGCUAGAGGCUGGUGGCAAUAUCUUGCAAACAUAUUAUCUCAAGAGCAGGAACGCUAUCGUUUUCAUGAUCUUUGCGUCUGCUCAAACUUACAGUGCGAAAUCGGAAUGGGUAGACACCAGUAUGCUCAAUUACCAAUUAGCCGAUGAGCAAUUACAAUCAGAAACUGGUCCACCACAAUUAACUAGCCUUCAAGCUCGACUUCUCCAAUGUUACUAUCUUAUUGCUAGAGGUCGAAUCAACCAGUGCUGGAGCACUUUUUCCAACGUCGUCAGUUUGAUCUUCACACUUGAAUUAAACAGACAUUAUAGUAACAGAGGUAUUAUUGAUUUGGUUGAGGUGGAAUGUCAAAAGAGAACUUUCUGGGCAGCUUUCUUUUUGGACAAAUUCUUGAGUUAUGCUUUGAAUAGACCACAACGUCUCAAGAUUGAUGAUAUUGAUCAAGAAUUACCAAAAACCAUCAAUGACAGCCAAUUUAACUCUAACAAUCUCAUACCUGCUUCUCCAGAUGAUCUCUCCUCAAACCUUUCAUCUAACCUCCAAUUCGAACUUUCCAUUAUUGCAAGCAACAUCCUUGACCAAUUCUACGGAUUCCACAAAUACGAACCCGAAGAACGUUUCCACCUCGUUCAAGAAUACCUCACCAGCACCUUUCCCGCCUGGAAGAACAAAGCAGCCCCAUUGAUUCAACUUUUACCCGAAAACCUAAACGAAAAACAGAAUCGUCAACGAUCAGAAUUGUGGUUAUCUUAUCACCAUACCAAGAUUCUUCUCCUUCGCAUUUACCUUCUCGCUCCCGAGUGCGAUGCGGCGAGAGAUGAAAUGAUCAGCAAGCUUACAAAUGCGUGUAAAUACAUUUGCGAGAUCGUGCAGCCACGUCCCAGAGGAUUUCUCAAAGAAAAUGAGGAAAAGCUUCGGAAACAUGAGUUUCCGCUAUAUGCGGAUUUUGCCAAAUCGGUCGCUUUUAGAAGUGCUUGGUUUCCUCAAUACAUCAUCUUCGCCGCGACAACCGUAACCUGUAUCACAGGUGCCAAGAACCCAACAGAAGCAUGCAAGCCCGACAAUCCAAUCAUGCGCAAGAUCGAAAUUCUCUACGAACCUCUUAAGAAGAUCACAUUUCCGGGUUCCUUCAUGGGACUAUGUGUUUCCGUUUUGGAUGAGUUGAAAACUGCGAUUGAUGAGAAUAUGAUGCGCCGAUACGGUAAGUUAGAUGAUAUGGACUUUGAUGAUGAGGAAUUGGCCGGGGAACACACGAAUCUGGCGCGUUGUCUUGAUAUAAUUAGGGAGAAUUUGGAGGUUGGUGAGGAUGGAGAUAUUGAUAUGGGUGCGAGUAGAGAAGAAUCUCAUGUUAUGAUUCGGUUUCGUUGUUGGGGUUUUGCGGGACUUGCUAAUCGGAUGUUGGAACGUGGAUUUCAGGGUAGGUUGAGCUGA